AUGUGUCGAGGGAGCGGCCCGGCCCGCAUCAUCGACUCCUACCAUGCGUCAACACGAAACUCGGUCGAAUUGCCCCCAGUUUAUCAGCACGAUGGCCACAGAGAUGCUGCUAGUUCGCAAACUGAGAGCAGUGAUGUAGAGUCACUUUCGUCAGAUUCAUCCAGACGCAAUACGAUGUCAUCCUCUGGCGGCGAUCGAGAUGCUGCUCACAGCCGAUGUAAAAAUAAUCCAGUAGUCGAAAGAGAGAUCGCACGGGAUAUGUCACAGUCGUAUUCCCUCACUUCUCAAGUAGACUAUGGGAGCGAUGAAUGUGCUGUACGAACACCGGAUGACACCUAUCCUUGUUGUUCUUCGUCUGAAGCAGUGGGAGGUGGCGCAUCUGAAGGCUAUACCUCUGUAAGCGGCGCUGCAUCACAAACUGAAUCCUCUAGUGGAAAUGGCGACGGGUUACUCAAUGUGCUGUCUGUGGGUUCUCAUUUUUUUCUAACAAAUUCUAACUAUUUCUAA